CCAGCUCCUUAUUCCCUCCAAAGUCUUAAACCCCCUAAUCCAAAACCCCAUGACGACCUCCCACACCACUCUCCUCCUCUCAUCCCUACAAUUCCCGGCCUUCACCACCCAACACUCCUUGCUCCUUUUCCACUCCCCACCACCAUUACUGUCGCGACCACUACUCUCACUCAAACAGGCCACAAGUACAUACGUUCGCCCUCUCACUCCGUCUCGCAGAAACCCCUUUGUAGCUCGCACCGACGACGGCGACGCCGAAGGUGGCGGCCCCGACGACUACGACAUGGACGAGGAGGAACUCGAGGAGAUAGACAACAAGAAAGACUUCGACAUAGAGUACGAACCCCUCGCGACGGGCUCGGGGGUCGAUGGUGGCGACGGCGACAUUGCCAUGGUUCAGAGCAGGAGCUUCGUGCCCACGCAGGGAUGGGACUCCGAGGUGGUCGUGGAUUACAGGAUCAACGAGGACGAGUUCCACAAGAUCAGCUUGCUUGACUGCGAUUUCUUCAUAAGGAAGCCCCCGGACCCCGAUAACGAUGUCUACGAUUUCAGGGAGAUGUAUGUUACUCCUCCUGAUACAGAUGUUUAUGCAAUUCCCAGGAUGCUUGCUCCGAUGCCUAAGAAGUACAUUCGCUGUGCAAAGAGUGAUUACGGAUGCUACAAUGUCACAGAGCCACCCAUUGAUGCACCUCGAGAUCCAUUAUAUAAAUCUGAGAGGGAGAUACAGAAGGUUUUCUUGACAAAGCAUUACAGGAACCGAAGGUUGGCUGACCCAGAGUUCGUGCUAGAUUUUGAGGAGAUUUAUGUUAUUGAUUCCAGAACAAAGUCAAUUACCAGAGCUAAAGUUUUGGUUACAGUUCCAGGAGGAAGAAAUAGAGAUAGAAAGAGUGAUUUGCUUGUAAUACGAGAUAAAGGGAAUUCCUUCAAAAUAAUUCAUGCGAGUGAAAGAGAUGAUCCUACCACUGUGAUAGAGAGAGAAGAGUGGGUCAAGACCAGACAGGACAUGGAGAGACAUCUUAGAAAGUUGAGGGACUUCAGUGUUUCAAAUUGGUUCUAGUCAAUCAGCAGAAUUUUGGAUUGCUUCAUAAAGAAAUGCAACAAAAUGGAGAUUGUUUGGAGGUGAGCAUGUGUAAAUAUAUUGACGUUUACACUUCAGUGUAUAUUAGCAGCAACAUGGGCAUAUAUUACCUCUUUUGCAAAGAAUUUCUGCUGAUGUUUAAUAGGUGAAGCUUCCUCGGAUUCAAUGAGUUCUAGGUGCUUGUACCAGUUUCCAUUUUAUAUGUGGAACUUGCUUUACCAUGUAUUUUGAUUUAGUAUGAGGGGUGAUAAAAAGUUUAUGUACUGAAAGAAUGGCGUAUCAACUUACAGUUCAAGUUCCAAUUCUAGGUCUUUUAAUUUGAUCUA